CUAUCACAUGUUGUCGUAUAAAGAUAUAUAAAUAUUGAAUAUUAAAUUGUCACAUUUUUAAAUAAUUUGUUUAUAAUGAAAUUGAUUUUAUUUUUCACGGCAACAUUUGUGUCGGCUUCUCUGGCUGUAGUUGAUCUAAAUGGUCAAUGGAAUCGGUGGAAAACUGACUUUGACAAAUAUUACAGUACUUCAGAAGAUGAAGCUAACAAGCGUGCCGUGUGGGAGAUGAACCUGGAAUAUGUUAAUGCACACAACAAUGAUGUACAAUCAGAAUUCAGAUUGGCAAUGAACGAAUUUGCUGACCAGGAAUCACCAAAACGUCCACAUAUUAAAACUGAUUCUGAAAGAGAGUAUGAAGAGAUUGAACACAAUUGGACUUAUUUACCGUCUACUUUUGAUUGGAGAACAAAAGGUGCAAUAGGUCCUGUGCAAAAUCAAGGACAGCUGGGACAAGUACUUUCAGUUGCAGCUAUAGAAAUUAUGGAAAGCUAUGAAUUUAUAAAAAGUAGACGUUCGAUUCCAUUAAGCUUGCAAGAAGUGGUGGACUGCUGUACUCAUGGGUCUGAGUUGGUGACACCAGUGUUUAACUGUAUACAUAAUAUAGGUGGUCUGUGUUCAAUGGCAGAUUAUCCAACGCAUGGUCCAGCUGGACAGUGCAGAAACACAAGCUGUACGUCCGUUGUACGGAAUAUGGGCACAAUGGCGGUUGCAGAAGGAAACGAAGACCAAUUACAGAUAGCCGUGUUACACUUUCCAGUAAUGGCAGUUAUUGAUGCUAGUCUUCAGUCAUUUCAGUUGUAUCGAUCUGGGGUCUACGAUGAACCAAAGUGCAGUUCAACAAAACUUGAUCAUGCGGUUCAGAUCGUCGGAUAUGGUUCUGAAGGUGGAAAAGAUUAUUGGAUCGUCAAAAAUAGCUGGGGUGUAAACUGGGGAAUGCAAGGUUACAUACUAAUGAGAAGAAAUAAGAAUAACCAAUGUGGUAUUGCCUCUGAUGCCACCUAUCCUGUAUAACCGAUUUGGUAUUGCCUCUGACGCCACCUAUUCUGUAUAACCGAUGUGGUAUUGCCUCUGAUGCCACCCAUUCUGUAUAACCAAUGUGGUAUUGCCUCUGACACCAUCUAUCCUGUAUAACCGAUGUGGUAUUGCCUCUGACGCCACCUACCCUGUAUAAACACUGAAGAAUUACCUCUGACGCCACCUAUCCUGUAUAAACGCUGAAGCAUUACCUCUGACGCCACCUAUCCUGUUUAACAAAUACUAUUAUGUGUGAA